ACUACAUAUCGUUCUAUCCUAUAGAAGAUGCGGACAGCUUCGCUCACAGAAGGUUGACUCUAUAUUAUAUAUCUCUAUAUGGUUUAAGGCAGUUUAAGGAGAAUCAGCAAUUCAGCAGAGUUCGGAGAGUCAUCGUUAAGAAUGGAAUAGAAGCGUAAUUAGACGCGAAAACUGAAACAUUGAGGCGUUGCAAGGUUUUAGGUUAUGUUAUCUCCGCGUCAGAUAUUGGGCGCGUUCAGCAAACAAAACAGAUUAAGUACGAGAAAAGAUGGCUCAAAGAUUCCCUGUGCCAAAUGCAGGAAGUAAUGGACCACCACCACAACGAUAUCCGUCACCAUCAGUACCACCAAAUUUGCGUCAGUAUUCUGGCCCAAAUUUCCCGAUGCAGCAAAGAUCUGGAUUCACUCCGCCACCGCAGAUGGGUAACGCCGGGCCUGGCCCCGGCGGAAUAAUGAGGCCGAACCAGCCUUACUCAAAUAUGCGUCAAGGCCCAAUGCCCACGCCGCCUGUUGGAAAAAGAAGUGCAGAUCAACGUAUUCCUAUGUCUCAGCAAAAACCGUAUCAUUUUUGGAACAGUGAUUUUUCACAUUCCACAUCAAAGAAAAAGAAGAAGUUGGCAGACAAAAUACUGCCACAGAAAGUGCGCGAUUUGGUACCGGAAUCGCAAGCUUACAUGGAUCUACUAGCAUUUGAGAGAAAGUUGGAUGCGACUAUAAUGCGGAAACGUCUCGAUAUUCAAGAAGCUCUAAAACGUCCGAUGAAGCAGAAGCGAAAAUUGCGUAUUUUCAUCUCGAAUACAUUUUAUCCAGCUAAGGAGGCAGGCGAGGGAGAAGAAGGAUCUGUGGCUUCUUGGGAGCUUAGAGUUGAAGGACGUCUUUUAGAUGACACUAAAAAUGAUCCUAAUAAGGUAAAACGAAAAUUCUCGUCUUUCUUCAAAAGUCUGGUAAUAGAGUUAGACAAAGAUCUGUAUGGUCCUGACAAUCAUUUGGUCGAAUGGCAUCGUACAUUAACUACACAGGAAACCGACGGAUUUCAAGUUAAAAGACCAGGCGAUAAGAACGUUCGCUGCACAAUUCUUCUUCUUCUCGAUUAUCAACCACUGCAGUUUAAAUUGGAUCCAAGAUUAGCACGGUUAUUAGGAGUGCACACGCAAACACGACCUGUUAUCAUAUCCGCACUCUGGCAAUAUAUAAAAACACAUAAGCUCCAAGAUAGUCACGAGAGAGAAUUUAUUAACUGUGAUAAAUACUUGGAACAGAUAUUUGCUUGCCCACGAAUGAAAUUCGCAGAAAUACCACAACGACUAAAUCCGUUAUUACAUCCACCUGAUCCCAUUGUGAUAAAUCAUGUUAUAAGCGUGGAAGGUACGGAAACGAAACAGACCGCGUGUUAUGAUAUCGACGUGGAGGUGGACGAUACAUUGAAGACGCAAAUGAACAAUUUUUUGCUGUCAACCGCGAGCCAGCAGGAAAUCCAAAGUCUGGACAACAAAAUUCAUGAGACUGUCGAGACGAUUAAUCAACUAAAGACCAACCGCGAGUUCUUUUUGAGCUUCGCCAAAGAUCCACAACAGUUUAUCAACAAAUGGAUCAUUUCUCAGACCAGAGAUUUAAAGACCAUGACAGACGUCGUCGGUAAUCCGGAGGAGGAACGAAGAGCUGAGUUUUAUUAUCAGCCCUGGGCACAGGAAGCUGUGUGUCGUUAUUUUUACACAAAAGUACAGCAAAAACGAGCGGAAUUGGAGCAAGCGCUGGGUAUUAGGAACUCGUAAAACUCGAAAUUGAAUUAAACCAUUUUAUCAUAGAACUAUGUAAGAUAUUCGUAAGUGUUCGCCUUUAUAUAAGUAUUGCGACAUGUAAUCGCUAUUAUGGCUUUCACAAAACAUAUAUUUGUAACAUUAAUGUAGAUUAUGCGAAAAGAUUGCAUUUAUUACGCAAAGCAAAUUUAUGCCUGUGUGAAAAUAAAAAUAUAACAAGGAAUUUCUUGUUUACAUGUAGUUCCGCAAUAAAUAUCAAAAUUUUGAUUAAA